AUGUCCAAACUCUUUGUCGGCGGCCUCGCUUGGGCCACAACCAGCGACACUCUCCGAUCCAAGUUCAGCGAAUUUGGUGAGGUCACUGACGCCAUUGUCAUGACCGACCGUGAGACUGGCCGAUCAAGGGGAUUCGGAUUCGUCACCUUCAGCAGCCAGGAGGAGGCCAACGCCGCUAUCGAUGCCAUGAAUGAGCAGGAGUUCGAGGGUCGCCAGAUCCGUGUCAGCGAGGCCAACCAGGGUGGUGCUCGCGGUGGUGGCCGUGGUGGUUACGGCGGCGGCGGCGGCUACGGCGGUGGUGGUGGCUACGGCCGUGGCAGCGGUUCCGGUGGAUGGAGAGAAUAA